AUGGAGAAGACUGAAGAUGAGUCCAAAGUGGAAACUCAGACUGAAUCGACUUGAAAAGUCAAAAAAAAAGUCCCAAAGAAAGCACUGUUGAUCAACACAAAGAACUCUAGUCAUGCUGGUCCUUUGUUGGAUGAGGUCAUUGCCUUCAAUGGCUGGAAGGAAACCAAAUUUGAAGGUAAAGGGAACAUUUAUUGGGCAGGAAAUGCUCGUUAUGAAGCUGUUCUUCCAAUUUUAACAACUAAGAAAAAGAUGGCUUACUCUAAAAUUCCAGAAUUGAAGGAAAUUGCUCAUAAGUCAGAUCUAGCCAGAGUAAUAAACUAUAUGCAGAGAUUUUAUCCAAAUGACUUUAACUUCGUCCCAAGGACUUUUAUUUGCCCCAGAGAUGAAGAGGUUGUGAGCAGGUUGAUGAAGAAGAACAAGGACAAAACUUGGAUCUGAAAACCAUCUAAAGGAGCUCAGGGUGACGGCCUCCAGUUGGUUAGUAAUAUGUGGGAGAUAUCAGACAUGCUUCAGAGGGAUGAGUUUAUUAUUCAAGAUUAUAUUGAAAAACCCCUUCUGGUCGAUAAGAAGAAGUUUGACCUGAGGUUGUACAUAGUUGUGUAUGGAGCAGAACCAAUGACUGCUUAUCUUUGUGAAGAAGGUAUGUCUAGAUUCUGCACUGUUGACUACAAGCCUCCCAGUAAAUCAAAUCGACGUAAUGAGUUCAUGCAUUUGAGCAAUUACUCGAUAAAUAAGCACAGUGAUGAUUAUGUUAAAGAUAGUGAAGGAGAAUCUUCCACUAAAAGGAAGCUGUCAAGUAUUUAUGAGAGGAUUCAAAGCUUAUAUCCUAAUGGAGAUGAGAUAGUUGAGAGAAUCAAAACCAACAUCAGAGAUGUAUGAAGUAAAACCAUUACUGCUAUUCACUCAGACAUUGUUCAUAACCUUGAAGUUGAAUUCAAAUCAGUUGAAAAUGUAACAUGAGCCCUUUUCCAAGUGAUCGGAGUAGAUAUUAUGAUUGAUAGUGAUUACAAAGCUUGGCUUCUGGAAAUCAAUAAUAAUCCGAGUCUUAAUAUAUUGUUUGAGAAAGACUUUAUGAAUAGCUCAGACAGUGAAAUUAGCCAGAUCGAUUUAGAUAUCAAGAAACCGAUGCUUUCUGACGCUAUACAACUUGCGCAACUCUUUGCGAAAGAUAGAAGUUCUCUUGAUGAUAUUGUACAACACAAUAGUCUGACCAAAAUCUAUUAUGACUCUGUGUUCUCUCCUAGAACAGAGUUUGAUGUCCAGCAUAGUUGAAAAAUCAUUUACAACUCUUUGUCUGGGUUGAAGGGGAAGUCGUGUUUAACUUCAGGACAAUUUGCUAAACUGUACACUCUUUCUGAGCAUAUUAGUCUAAGUGAUAUUCAAAAGACAGAUCUAACUCUGGCCUUCUCAUCCCUUGUUGGCAGAUUCAAGAGCAUGAUGACCCUAGCUGAUUUCAAAGAAGCAAUGUUCAAGUUAUUCACAAAGUAUCAGAAGAAUCAAGGAGGCAGUGAUUCUGAAGAAAGUCUGGAAGAUUUAUUCCCGGGAUUUCUUCAGAAAAUAGUUGAAGAUAUUAACUCAGAUUAA